GCUCUUAUUGUUAGAUCCGCAUUCUCCGACUGGUUCAACGAAAACGGAGAAACCACGUCCUCUUACGACUCUAGGGAAGACGGCAAGCGCAAACAGCGUCCUCAAGCUCUUCAAUGGAGCCUGGAGGACUAGAUGAUCCGCUUAUCAAACGGUUGACAAUGCAGGGGGAAAACAAAUUGAAUACCUACUCGAUUUAUUUAUUUAAUUUUUCAUAUUUUAUAUACAAAACCCAAUUGCUGUUUACUUUGAAGAUCACAAAGGCAUCCGUUGAUAGAGAGAGAAUCUGUAAGAAGAAUCCAUUAAUAUUUCCCAGCGUUUCUGUUUCUCCUAACAAAUAUCAAUGAAGCUUUGUUCAUUACCCUCUGCAUAUUUGCACGUCAUUCUACUUCUCUCUUUAACCAUACCGUGCUUACAACCGAUCACAACUGCUACUGCCGCUCCGACAAACGAGAGUGAUCGUUUAGCUCUGGUCAAACUCAAAGAAUUGAUAAACAGUGACCCUCUUAACAUUUUGAGCUCCUGGAGUGAGUCGCUCCACUUCUGCAACUGGUACGGAGUUUCUUGCGGCCAUAAGCAUCCAAGGGUCACCGCCUUGCUCCUACAAGGCCGUGCUUUGAGCGGAUCCAUAUCUCCUUACAUUGGCAACCUCAGCUUUCUUAGGAGGAUCGACUUCCAAGACAACUUUUUACAAGGAGAAAUUCCAAAAGAAGUAACUCUUUUGUCUCGACUGCAAUAUCUUUAUCUUAGGAAUAACUCGUUCACAGGGGAAAUUCCAAGAAACUUGACCAAUUGCCCAGAACUCAGAGUCAUGGAUUUGGAAGAGAAUAAACUAACAGGGAGCAUUCCUGUUGAGCUAGCUUCUUUGAGGAGGCUCGAGACGCUUAUAAUUCGCUUAAAUCAGUUGACAGGAGGCAUCCCACGUUCUCUGGGAAAUAUCUCUUCACUCCAACAACUCUCUAUCGCAGACAAUAAUUUCUGGGGAAAUAUUCCCGAUGAAAUUGGCCGUUUGCCGAGGUUGUCUCUCUUCAUAGUUGCAGCCAAUAAUCUGACCGGUACGAUCCCUUAUUCCCUAUACAAUAGAUCAACUUUGAGUAACAUCCAAACCGCACGUAACCGACUUACUGGCACACUUCCGGCCAAUAUAGGUCUCACCCUCCCAAAUCUCCAAAUUUUGUCCUUCUCUACAAAUAAUUUCUCAGGUCCAAUCCCAGUUUCACUAUCAAAUGCUUCUCGACUUGAAGUACUUAUCCUCUCCCGGAACAAUUUUGUGGGACAAGUUCCAGCUCAGUUUGGAAACCUCCUACAUCUCCAAGACCUUCGUGUUUCUGGAAAUAAUCUAGGAAGUAACUCUGCUAUGGAUUUGGAUUUCAUAACAUCUUUGGGAAACUGCACCAAACUGCAAUUUCUCUAUUUUGGUGAUAACAUUUUUGGAGGUAGUUUAGCCAACUCUAUAAGAAAUUUCUCGAUGCAACUCAUGGAACUGUAUAUGGCUGGAAAUCAGAUAUCAGGAAUUAUUCCUGCAGCAUUAGAUAAUCUCAUCAAUUUAUACAUCCUAGACAUGUCGCAAAACUUGUUCGAAGGCACCAUUCCUACUUUUUUUGGGAAGUUUCAAAAGCUGCAAGGAUUGCAUUUGGAUGGAAACAGAUUGUCAGGACAAAUACCGUCCUCUAUUGGCUACCUCACUGGAUUAGUCCAACUUAACUUAUCAAGAAACAAAUUGGAAGGAAGCAUUCCAUCGAGUCUUGCAGACUGCAAGAGCUUGGAGGAGUUGGAUAUUGCAGAAAAUAACCUUAGUGGAGCCAUACCCAAAGACAUUAUGUCUUCCCAGUUACUAGUACUCAACUUAUCACAGAACUCAUUAUCUGGCAUCCUGCCUGUGGAAAUAAGUAAUUCAAAAAACAUUUACGGAUUGGAUGUCUCUAAAAACAAACUUUCUGCUGAUAUUCCUAAUACUCUUGGAGAUUGCUUGAGCCUGGAGUAUCUUUACUUGCAGGGUAAUUCAUUUCUAGGAGCCUUACCUCAAUCUCUGACUUCUUUGAAAGGCCUUAAGUAUUUAGAUCUUUCACAAAACAAUUUUUCAGGACAAAUUCCUAAAGAUCUACAGAAACUACCAGUUUUGGUACAUUUGAAUCUUUCUUUCAAUAAUUUGGAGGGCGAGGUACCGACUGAAGGAAUCUUCCAUAGUGCAACGGCAAUAUCAUUGACAGGAAAUCAAAAGCUUUGUGGAGGUAUUCCUGAAUUGCAUCUGCAAGCAUGUGGCAUCAAAACUAAAAAGCAAGGAAAAUCCCAUGUUUUCAAAUUAACUCUCAAAAUUGUUACCGGGUCUUUAUGUUUCCUUCUGUUUUCAUCCUUGCUUUAUUAUCUUUAUCGGAGGAGAAAAUUAGAAAAGAAAUCAUCUUCUGUACCCUCAAAAACUGACCUGCUUUCAAAUGUUUCGUACAUGGAGCUUUAUCAGUUGACUGGCGGAUUCUCUCCCAGCAACUUAAUUGGAUCCGGUAGUUUCGGUUCUGUAUAUAAAGGAGUUCUUCAUCAUGAAGGGACGAUGGUUGCUGUCAAGGUCUUGAACCUUCAUCAAAAAGGAGCUUCUGAAAGUUUCUUGUCCGAAUGCAAUGUGCUAAGAAAUAUACGACAUCGGAACCUUGUUAAGGUUCUAACAUGUUGCUCCAGUGUAGACCACAAGGGUGAUGAAUUUAAAGCCCUUGUUUUCAAAUUCAUGUCAAAUGGAAGCUUAGAGAAGUGGCUGCAUCCAGAUACAGUCAGUGAAAAUCAAUCUAGAAACUUGAGCUUUCUUCAAAGACUAGACAUCGCAAUUGAUGUCGCUUUUGCACUGCAUUAUCUGCAUGACCACUGUGAAACACCAAUUAUUCAUUGUGACUUAAAGCCAAGCAAUGUUCUUCUUGACAAUGACAUGGUUGCUUAUAUUAGUGAUUUUGGUUCGGCAAGGCUUCUCUCUCCAAAAAAUGACCUUUCUCAAUACCAAACCGGCACAAUUGGAAUAAAGGGUUCUAUUGGCUACGCUGCUCCAGAGUACGGGAUGGGUGGUGAGGCAUCAACACAAGGAGAUGUCUAUAGCUAUGGCAUAUUUUUGUUGGAGAUGUUCACGGAAAAGAAACCCACACAUAAAAUGUUCUCAGACAGUUUCAACCUUCAUAACUUUGUUAAGAUGGCAUUGCCAGAAAGACUUGUAAAUGUUGUUGACCGAAAGCUUCUCCCCAGAGAAGGAAAUGAAAUAGCGGUUGCAACCAAAGAUGAUUAUAACUCCGACGACCAGGAUGACAUUGAUGUCGAGGCAAAAGGAGAAAGGUGCUAUAUUGGGAAUUUAAGCCAGAUGAAUGAUAAUGUGCACAAGUGCUUGCUUUCAGUUUUGGAGAUUGGCCUUUCUUGUUCAUUAGAAUCUCCUAAAGAAAGAACAAGCAUGGGGCAUGUCACCAACGAACUACAUCGGACCAAAAAUGCUUUUCUUGGUAUUGAGAUCGAUGGACGAGGAACGAGGUAAAUUGCCACAACACAUUUUAAUUUGGAAAUUUAGCCAAACACAACAGUGAUUGAAGAUGUUCAAUGCUAUAAAGCAGAUAAUUAUUUCAAACUGCAAGGACAAGACUUCUUCUGUAAUGUCACUUGUUAAGAGAAUUCUGUGCGUUUUUUAA